GAUUUGCAAACCAAAAGCGGCUUUCAAAAUGUUAUUCAAACCCACCCACCCCCAUCUUCUGUGUUCCUUCAUCGCCCCGCUUCCAAUGACCACACACAAGCAUUGACUUAUAUCAACCGGGAGACAGUGCCGGAGCACCUUGGGAGCGGGGGAAAUGGGUGAGCAAAGCUACAGUAGGCUAGGCCGACGGUGGCGGACAAGGAGAGGUUUCCGACUCGGCGCAAACCGCUUCGCGGUUCCCCUUCUACGAGACAGGCUCUGUACUCUCUGGAGUCUCUUCAGCAGAUGCGUGCAUGUCGCAAAGAGAGGAUUCCGGCGAAAUGGUUCGCGAUGGCCGUCCAGCAACAGCGGAAGCCGGAGAGGCUUCGUGUCGGAGGGACGGCAUGGCGGUCAAAUCGAGUGUCGUCUAAGAUCAUGCGGUGGAUCGAACUCCUUCUACACCGAGGCGAUAGCUGAUUGCUUGGAGUUCAUAAAGAGGUCCUCCAUGUCAGCGAACGAGGUCUCCACCGUUCCCGGUCGUCAAGCGAGCUAAAAGUGCAAGUUGUAUAGCUUGCGGUAAGUGGACGCCGAUCGAUUGGCUCCUCACGAGUUCUAUUCCUCUGUUCCUCUCUUCCUUCAUUCCUCCUCUUAUCUUGCCUCCACUCAACCGCGUCAGAGAAGAGAAGGUCCUACGUUUGGUCUUAUUGUUUCCAUUAUCGUGUUGUAUAUAUGUGAGAGUCAGAUCAACAGAUACAAGUAAGUUUUGGGAUAUUCUCUCGUUUAUAGUUAACUGAACUUGAUUUCAGAGAUAGAACAGCGUGAGGUUCCUGCUCCACUCUGUAGCUUUCAUGUCAUUGGAUUUAUCUCACCCGGUCAACUUGUUUGUUCUUGGGACAUCUUCCCUAUCACUGCUCUCUUCUUUCGAUAUCAGAGGAGCAUAUUGUGGAGGACUAGUCGUCGCUUUGGCAGCUGCUUAGCUUUGUGUAUUAUUUGAUUUUUAUGUAUUAUCCCCCAGCUUCUGUAGGCUACGUUGCUUCGCUCAAAUCUCUCUUUUGUGUGUCGCGGGUUGAAUUCUUCAAGCCUGAGAACCUCAAGUGGCACAAAACUAAACGAGACAUUAGAGUGGUAUCAGCGAUCCAUUUAAAAGCAAGAGUAUAUAUACAAAUCAUAUGCAUAGGUUUAUCAACUAAUCACAUAACUAUCGUUGUUAGACUUGCGAUUAUAUAUUUAUUAUUCAAAGUCUCUCUAUUCUCUUUGUUGAAUUGUUUGAGUGUCACACUUUUGUGAAUCGUGACUUCCCAAGAGCUUGUUAAUUUAUUUAUUUUUUAUUUUACAUGUCAUUUGGGACAUUUGUGAUGUUUUAUUUUGACUAAAACAUCCAACAGGCUCCAAAGAAUCCUACGGCUUCUUCUUCUUACACCCUUCUUAACUCUCCUCUAGAGAAAUUGACUUCCUACACCAAAAGACAAAGGGAACUGUGGAUCUGAUGUGAUAAGGGACGACUUUGGAGUGCCCGGCCAUUAUAAUGUAUAGAAUACCGACCAUGGUUGACCGGACAACUGGGGGAGGCAAGAACGCAGAAAUGGAGCAGCCUAUCGUUUUCUCCUUCCCCAGCCGCCUUGCCUAGCUAUCUGCUGAACCAGCGCAGACGCACCUCGCUGUGACAUCCUUCCCGGAAACUUGAGCGGCAAUUAACCAUGUAUGAUUGUAACUCCAGCUUUAUUAGAGGGAAUUGAAGCUGCUGACACCUACCUUUUCUCCAUCAAAUCGGAGAAAAGGUGAUCACUCUUAUUCUCUGAUCGUUGAGGAACCUACUUUAGAUAUCUGGGCAAGUUUAAAGUUGUAUUAGUCACACUGCUAUGGUUAGUAGUUUGGAUGGUCAUUGUUCUUUAUUUGUGUUCGCUGUUGGUGAUCCCUCAGUAUGACUUUUUUACCCCCAUCUUCUUCGUUUGGGCGGACAUCAUCGAUCGUCCGAGUCUUUCACUAUGUAAUGAUCGCGUUUGUUCUGCCACGAGAAUCUAUUACUUUGACCCCUUCGCCUCCUUUCUUAUUGCUUUUAUUGCGCGACUACCUCGACAAAAUAAGAAAGAGACAUUGAUGAGAACGGGUCAUUUAUGAUAUUAAAAAAAAUAAAAAAAACUAAGGAUACUUUUCGAAAAAACACAAAAAGAAAGACCUUCUCAAGGAAAUCACUAAACAAAAUU